AUGGCAAACACUAUUUCGUCUAUUCCUACAUUGGACCUCAACGACGGUACCUCGGUCCCUGUCGUUGGAUAUGGUACUGGCACCGCGUGGUUUAAGAAGUCCGACACCGGUAUCAAUAAUGAACUGGUCGAAUCAAUCAAGACGGCAACGAAACUAGGAUACCACCACCUCGAUGGAGCUGAAAUCUACCAAACCGAGGAGGAAUUGGGACAGGCAAUCAAAGAGAGCGGGGUAUCUCGUGAGAAACUCAUCGUGACGACUAAGGUCCUCCCCAAUAUCGCCGAUAUUCCUCAGGCCAUUGAUACUAGUCUCAAGAAGCUCCAGCUUGACUAUGUGGAUCUUUACUUGAUCCAUGCUCCGUACUUUGCAAAGUCCAAGGAAGAGCUUCAAGCUGCCUGGGCUGCCAUGGAGCAAGUAAAGCAAUCUGGGAAAGCUCGGUCUAUUGGUGUGUCCAAUUUCCUACAAAGCGACUUGGAGACCAUUCUUGAAACCGCUAAAGUGGUACCAUCUGUGAAUCAAAUUGAGUUCCACCCUUACCUUCAACAUGGCAAUCUUGUUCCCUACCAAGAGGGUAAAGGUAUCAAGACUGUUAGUUAUGGAGGCCUCACCCCUGCCACCCGGGCACAGGGCGGGCCAUUAGACCCCCUGCUCUCUUCUUUGGCCACCAAAUAUGCAGUCAGCGAGUCCGAGAUCCUGUUACGCUGGAUCAUUGACCGUGGCUGUGUGUCUAUCACCACCAGUGGCAAAGAAGCCCGCCUAAACAGCUAUCUGCGCACAUUUACAUUCAAAUUGACCCCGCAAGAGGUUGACGAGAUCUCUAAGAUAGGGGAGCAGAAACAUUACCGUGCCUUCUGGCGUGAGAAAUUUGCAGAGGAUGAUCGUUCCUGA